GUGGGUGAGCUCACCUGCACUCAGAGCCGCGCUGCCCUGGGUCUGGGAGCGCCUCCUCCCCUCUCCUCUUCCCGCCCCGCAUGGCUUGGGAUUUGCUUGGCCACCCCAGGAGGGGUGGACCGUCGCAACGCCUUCCCCCCUUCACCCUCUCGUCUGCUGAGAUUGUUUUGUUCGCUGUGCAACAGACGACUAAAUUGGAUACGGCAUGGAUCUGGGGCGAGAUAAACAAGGCUGCGAAGCGCACUACUCCAACGAGGAGCAGCGGGCGUCCAUGCUACCCGGCGCCGGGGAGCCGCCAGCGAGGAGCCGCUGGCAGAGCCGCCGAUGCCGGCUGCUCACUGGGGUGCUGCUGGCUUUGCUGUUCAUAUUACUCCUUGGACUGGUCCUUGGACUUGGCCUCCGAUCAAAUGCAGUUGAAACCUGGAAGUGUGAGUCUCGCUGUGGUGAGAAGCGACUCGGAGAAAGCCACUGUUCGUGCUCUGAUGACUGCAUCCAGAAGAAGGAUUGUUGCACUGACUACAAUUGGAUUUGUAAAGGUGAAAAAAGCUGGCUUCAGGAAGAUUGUGAAGAUAUUGCGACACCCCAAUGUCCAGCAGGGUAUACUCGGCCUCCUCUCAUCCUGUUUUCGCUGGAUGGAUUUCGAGCUGAUUAUUUUCAGAAGUGGAAUAGUCGCUUACCUGUUUUGAGUAAACUGCGAACUUGUGGUGUGCAAACUCCAUACAUGAUACCAGUGUUUCCAACCAAAACCUUUCCAAACCACUAUUCAAUUAUCACAGGGCUCUACCCAGAAUCUCAUGGUCUGAUUGACAAUAGCAUGUAUGAUGUGGGCAUGAAUGCUUUUUUCAAUAUUCGAGGAAAGGAAAAGUACAAUCCUCUGUGGUACAAAGGUCAACCUUUGUGGCUGACAGCGCAGUAUCAAGGUCUGAAGUCGGGGACCUUCUUCUGGGUUGGAUCUGAAUCCAAGAUAAAUGGAUCGUACCCAAACAUGUAUCGACUAUUUAACAGCUCCAUUCCAUUUGAAGAAAGAGUCUUCACAAUUCUUAAAUGGCUGGAUUUGCCAGAGAAAGACAGACCUGAUUUCUACGCCCUCUAUUUGGAAGAACCAGAUUCUACAGGGCAUAAACGUGGACCUAAUAACGAGAAUCUAGGAAAUGCGCUGGAGAGAGUGGACGCAAUGGUGGCGAUGUUGGUGGAUGGGCUUAAACAAAGAAACCUGCAUCAAUGUGUCAACCUUAUUGUGAUAUCAGACCACGGAAUGGAGGAAAUAGACUGUUCAAAGAUUGCAUAUCUGAAAGAUUACUUGGACACGACCGAGAACAUUUAUAUAAGGACUGGCUCAGCUCCUCGGAUAAGGAGUAAAAUCGUUCCUGAUGAUUAUUUCACAUUUGAUUCAGAAGGAAUUGUGGAAAAGCUUGCUUGUAGAUCUUCAGAUCAGCACUUCAUACCCUACCUGAAGCAUCACUUGCCAAAGCGUUUGCACUAUGCCAGCAGCAGAAGAAUUGAAGACCUUAACUUGUAUAUGGACCCACAAUGGCAGGCUGGUCUGAAACCAUUUAAGUAUUGCACGGGUGGAUUUCAUGGUUCUGAUAAUCAGUACAAGAACAUGCAGACCAUCUUUGUCGGCCAUGGACCUGGAUUUAAAGCCAGGACUGAAGUUCAACCCUUUUCAAGUGUUGAAGUCUACAAUCUGUUGUGUGAUUUGUUGAAAAUCACUCCUGCACCCAACAAUGGCACCUAUGGAAGUUUGAAUCAUCUUUUAAGGAACCCUGUGUAUACACCAACCCACUUAAAAGAAGCAUCUUCAGCAUCUUCAUGCCUUUCAUCCGAUUUAACACCAACCAUUAAUCCGCAAAUGAAAUGUACAUGCAGUUCCCUGGCAUCAAUGCCAAAAAAUCCAUGUGAGAAACUACAUCUUUCCUUGGAUGAAGUUGAUGUUGCAGAUUCUCAGCAUUUGCCCUAUGGAAGACCAAGGGUUGUGCAGGAGAACUUUAAAUGGUGUCUCCUGCAUCAACAUUCGUAUGUAAGUGGAUACAGCCAUAACAGUUUAAUGCCGCUGUGGAGUGCAUACACUGUCCUUAAAACAGAAAGUCUAAUUUCUCCUCUGCCAAACAUUCCAAACUGUACGUUUGAUGAUGUUCGACUUCCUUUGACUAUGAAUCAUAGCUCAUACAACGGCAGAGAUAACAACAACACAUAUGGGUUCCUUUACCCGCCCAAUCUGCUGACCGAUAAUAAUCAGUUUGAAGGUUUAUUUACCAGCAACCUUAUACCCAUGUACAAAGCCUUCCAAAAGAUAUGGAAUUACUUCCACGAUGUUCUGCUAGUGAAGUAUGCUCAACAAAGAAAUGGCAUCAAUGUGAUCAGCGGACCAGUGUUCGAUUUUGAUUUCAAUGGAAGGUUCGAUACUCCUGAUGUUAUUGCAAAGAAUGCCAAGGACGGGUACAACCCACCACCAACUCAUUUCUUCGUAGUUCUUACUAGCUGCAAGAACAAAAUGCAAAGCCCUCUGCAGUGCAAGGACUCACUGGAUGUAUUGGCUUUCAUUCUGCCUCAUAGACCUGACAACAGUGAAAGUUGCGCAGAUGGCAAAGAGGAAUCCCAGUGGGUAGAGGAGCGAAUCUGGGCUCACAGAGCUCGAGUACGGGAUGUGGAGUUGAUCACUGGACUUGAUCUUUAUCAAGAAAGCAAGCAGCCAGUCACAGAGAUCUUGCAGCUCAAAACAUUUCUACCAACAAUUGAAGAUCAAAUUUGAGUGCCUUGUCAAUGGUAAUAGUAUUUUUAACAAUUUUUUUAUGCAUAAGUGAAUUUAAGUGCACUUUAGGGAGGCUUUGUAAACAGGUUCUGGUAGAACCCAAGGUGUUAGAGUACAGAAAAGGUAAUGGAAGUGUGAUACAAUGGAACAAGUCACCUCUUUUGUUACAUAUUCAAUUGAAGUAUUUUUUUAAUUUCCAGAUUUUUUAAUGGAUUUGUUAUUGCCUGUCAAGUUUUUUUUUUAAGCAUAAUUUUACAAGGAGACAAAUUCCAGUGGAAAUAUUAGAUUGAGAUUUACCAUGCAUGUCCAGAAUAAUGUGCUGACAUUUAGGUUCAAGAUUCAUUUUAAUUAAACCUGUACUCAUAUUUGGAAGAUUGAUAUGACCAGACAAAAUUGAAUGUACUGCUUCUGAAACCAGAUCUAUGAAAGGUAUAAUUUCAACAUUUGCACUAUAAAAAUAACAUUAUAACAUCGUUGCAGUUGCAUUUCAAUUUGAUAUUAAAAAAAUAUAGCUUUCAUGUUAUAUCUUCCCCCAUACAGAUUAGUAUAUAGUCACCCCUUAAUGUUAUACAAUCAAGAUGAUUAAUUUGUCCAUGUUGCCCUCACCUUCUGGAGAAUUUUUAACAGGUGUGGUCUCUGUGCCAGAAGUAGUAUAUACAUUUGAGAGGCUUUAACGUUCACCAAAUAGAUUUGUGGGAUGGUGGAUUCAUUGUUUGAGGAGAGAUUAUGCAAUCUUUGUGAUUAGAAGGAUAAGAGAUGAUCACAUUGAAACAAAACCUCUCAUGAGGCCUAACCAAAUAGGUAGGGUGUUAAUGUUUUCCCUGCCAGAGAUGAAUAGAACCAGGAGUUAGCCAUUCAGCAGUAAAAUGAGAAUAAAUUAUUUAAUCCAAAAGGCUUGGUCGCUGAUUACAUGCAAGGCAGAGUUCAAUAGCAGUUAAAUCAUGUGGAUUGAUGUAGGAAAGAGGUGCUGCAGUUAAAGAUUAGCCAUGAUCAUAUUGAAUGGAGAAUUUACAAUGGGCCAAAUGGCCUUCUCCUGAGAGGUGUUCUGGAUACAUUU